AAGUUUUUGUACUUUACUGCUGAAACCUGUAAAAUAACUUAGUAUAAGUAACUGUGUAAAAAAUGGUUCCUGCACAUUUAUGUGUCCUUAACACAUGUCCCUCGUUUUACAUAUUUCCACUCUUUCUUAAAAAAUGUAAAAUGGAGGUUCUACUGUAUAGUGCAUAAUAAUGGAAGGAGAAAAAGUAACACUAUACAUUAUUAGCUAAAUCCCACGAAGGAGUGUGGCUGCUGUAAAGUAUUCUUUUUGAGGACAGCGUCCCUUGUAUGUGUAAUGGCUUCCUGUUCAUUUCCCCUUGGCUGGGUGUGCUGCUGGCAAACACUAAAGCUACACACCUUUGUUCUUUUGGCCCAACUUGUCAAAUUCCGUCUGGUUUCGCAACCUGCCAUUGUCAAGUUACGGUAAUUCCUGCCCCUCUGGCACACCCACCUGUAUUUUCUACACCUGGGAGCCAAUAAGAAGGACGCUACAGAUCUUAUUCGUUCUCCUAUUAGUUAAUCGCCGGAAAGCGGGGGCGGUGGGCAGAGGCUUUAUAAACCCAGCUGGACUUUCCCAGAGCCGCAGUGUAAGAAGAUUUUUUUUCCGGGUGCCUUAAGUUUACAAACUUGUCUUCUCCCUGCAUCUGGGAACACAAAAAGAAAGAGUUGGACAUUAGCAAAAUAUCACACCAGUUCCUGUAUUCUGGCCCUUGUACAGACAGGAUGAUUGUGGAGCGCUUCACUGAAGACUCAACUGAUCUGCUUGAUCAGGACCUGUCGAUGAUGAGCAGUCCCAUGAAUCUGGCAUAUUUCUACGCAGGAUCCCCUGCUUCAGAUUCUUGUGGCUCUUCUCCCAUCCACUACCAUUCCUUCUCUUCUCCUAGUUCCCCCAGCUCGGACACUGAGGUGCCAGGAAGUCUGAAUGCAUCCUGGCCUCACACUAAGAAAGCCGGCCAUCUUGUAGGGGGUCGUCAGCAUAAAGGAACAUUCCAAGGUGUUCGUGUAAAGAAUUCUGUAAGGGAACUCCUUAUGCAGCUAAGAAGUAAAACUGGUCAAGAAAGAGCAGAUGAUAUACAAAAACUGCAAAAUGGAAUGAGCCACGAACAGUACGCAGAAUUGAAAAACAUCUUAAGCAAAAAACGGACUCAUGAUUUUCAUUUCGAAGGACCAGUUGCAAAAAAGCAGUGCUUGUUUCAACCUAGCUUAUUCUUGACACCUCCAAGUACACCAAAGUCAAAUGAAAAUAUGGAUGAUGCAGCUAAAAGUGAUCUAGAUAUGCUUCAAAGUCUGAUAAAUAUAAAAAAUGAAUCCAAACCAGUCUCUCUAAAUACUGUGCAAGUUAGCUGGAUGGAAAAUAUUCCACAAUUUGAAAGUACGCAAGAAGCGCUUUAUCAAGAUUUUCCUGAGUCACAUACUUUUCCGUUGUCACAGGCAUACCAAGUCUGCUCCCCACCUCAAACAAAUGAGCCAUGCAUGUUUCCUCUGCAAAAUCCUGAUGUUCCUGUGCACUGUAAUGCUGAAUACAAUUUCCAAGAUGACACUUCAGUCCAAAAUUAUCUAGCUUUUCCAAAUGAGGAAUUUUCAGACUGCCAAGUUCAAAGCCUGGUAUCUUUACAUGUGGAACCAGUACUUUCACCUGAAAUAAUACCUUCAGUGAAGUCAAGUCCACCAGCUCAGAAUCACUACACUGCCCAUGUGCCCCCACAGAUGCUUGUUCCAGAGAGAAGUAAUUCAAAUCCUCUUCAGAUGGGCAAAACAUUCUUCCAGUGGCAGAUUGAACAAGAAGAAAAGAAAAUGGCCAAUGUUACCCAGGAACAACUCCUUUUCAAAGAUUCUGAUGGCGACACGUACCUUCACAUUUGUGUUGCACAAGGAAGAAGAGCUAUGUGUUAUGUUAUUGCACGCAAGAUGGCUGCCCUUAAUAUGUUGGAUAUAAAAGAGCGAAAUAAUCAGAGUGCAUUGCAAGUUGCAGUGGCUGCCAACCAGCAUCUCAUUGUGCAAGACUUAAUCAGCCUUGGAGCCCAGGUGAACACCAUAGAUUACUGGGGAAGAACACCUUUACACGUCUGUGCUGAAAAGGGCUACUUCCAUGUUUUACAGGCAAUUCAAAAAGGUGUUUCUGAGAGCAACCAGCAUUUAGAUGUGGAGCAAAAAAAUUAUGAAGGUCUGACAGCUCUGCACUGUGCAGUGACUGCCCACAAUACCAUAGUGCAGCAGUUACAGAAACCGUUGCAGGAUCGUACCCCUGAGACUGAGGAGCUUAAGAACAAGGCCAUGGUUGAUACAGUUAAGAUGCUUCUUCAAAUGGGAGCUUCUGUUGAAGCCAAGGAUAGUAAAAGUGGACGCACUGCACUACACCUGGCUGCAGAAGAAGCAAAUCUUGAAUUGCUUAGUCUUUUUCUGGGGCUUCCAAGAACACUGUCUUUUAUAAAUGAAAAGGCUUACAAUGGAAAUACAGCUCUCCAUGUUGCAGCCAGUUUGCAGUACCGAAAAACCCAUCUUGGAGCUGUUCGGCUUUUAAUGAGGAAGGGUGCAGAUCCAAGUGCUAGAAACCUAGAGAAUGAGCAGCCUGUUCACUUGGUUCCAGAUGGACCAGUUGGGGAAGAGAUAAGGAGGGUUCUCAAAGGAAAAUCAGUUCAGCACCGAACAUCCCUUUACUAGCCUCUACUGGAAUUUAUCUUAGCAAUCACUGCUAGUUAAGCAGUCUUUUAUCUGUAAAGAGGUUUGCCUUGUGGCAAAUGUAUGUUGGUUUCCAUGAAACUGAAAAAGUUAAAGCUAUUAUAUAGUUAUGUAUACACAAACCAUAGCACUUGAGGCUUUGGAAUGUCCUUCGCCUCUGACAGUUUGUUUUAUUAGUUUAUUACUUUACAUAUUAUCUCUGUACAACUACAGAUUUUACUUUUCUUAUAUUCAAAAAUCAAUCCAUUUUGUUAAAAAACUUUUCAAUUGUUCUGUAAUAAAUAAAGACUAUAUAUGAAAAUGAACUGUAAAACCAAAUAUGAUGAAUGUAGUUGUUGUAAGUGUGCCUGUAUUCUUAAAACUACAUUAUCUGCAAUGUACAAGGAUACAUGUUCAAUACCUGCAAUGGAUCUGUAAUUACUGCUACAAUUUAAAAAUGUAUCAGUAUUUGAUAGGCUGGGGGACUUGUUGGAUAACACAUAAUUAAGUAGAAUGUAGUGCUUUUAUAAUGACAUUACUCUGUUCAUGUGUGAUUAUCACGGUUAACAUUUUUAUGCAAAUGUUCCUAUCCUUGGAAUUCGAAGUCCGUAAAAAGAAUUUCAAUUAUGAAUCCUUAAUGGCUAUAUAUAUAUAUAUAUGUAUGUAUAUUAUACAUUUUUCUUCAGUAUAAGAAACCGGUAAAUCUUAAGUUUCAUCUUGUAUGUCUUGUAGACAGAAUAUUUAAGUAUUUGAAAUUUUUCAAUAAUUGUUUAUGACUGAAAUAAGCAGAAUUUUAAUAAAGAUUAUGGAAUGAAAA